AAUCGUCAGUCGACGAUAGGCCGCUCGCAGGCAUCCUGCUGUGCAGGAACGAUAAGGCAUUAUUGCAGGUGUGCAACUGCAACGCGUUUGAUCAAUGCCAAACCGCACGGCGUCGGCAUCGGCAUCGGCAUCGGCAACGGCAUCGGCGGUGGCGGCGAGCGUACAGACGCGCCGAGAGCGUCCGUUCGGUCCUCCUGCUCAGUCUGUGUCGGAGCGCCGAUAGAUCCAGUGGCAGCUCGAGCCUGGGCCAGAGGCGUACGCACGCGAAAACGUAAGCUCCGAGUUUUGGCGCUCUUCUGCACGCAGCGCACUUACCGGACACGGUAUUAAGUCGAGGGGUCGGGAUGGCAUAAUUAAUGGCCAGAAAGUGGGACGUGCAGAAAUGUCAGCACGGGAAGAGAAAUAAAAAUAAAAUAGGCCAGGCCGACCGAGCUGAAUCCAACAAAUUUUGAUUUUCGAGCACUGCAGUGAUCGUGGUUUUGUGUGUUUUUUCUCUAACGUGCUAGUGGUUGUGAGACAGUAAUAAUAAUCCGGGACUCGGCUCGAUUUAUGGAUGAGGUUAAGGGAAGUUAAUCAGCGUCAAGUCGCUCUCACGCCUACGGCCGCCCCGUCGCCAUGCACCAUGUGUCGUAAGCAGAAACUCCAAACCGACCAUCCAGCUUAAGAAUCUGUCAUGGAGAACGACACCUUCUACAGCACCGCCACGACGCAGAUCGCAAAACCCAACCAAGAAUGGACCCAUUACCUGAUCGUGGUCCUGAAAGCGACCAUCAUGGGCUCCAUCAUCAUCGUUUCGAUCUUCGGAAACCUGCUCGUCAUCGUGUCCGUGAUGCGACACCGUAAACUCCGCAUCAUCACCAACUACUACGUCAUCUCCUUGGCGUUCGCCGACAUGCUGGUCGCCAUGUUCGCGAUGACAUUCAACUUCAGCGUGCAGAUCUUCGACGAGUGGCUGUUCGGUUACUUCAUGUGCGACGUGUGGAACUCCUUGGACGUAUACUUUUCCACGGUCUCGAUCUUGCAUCUGUGUUGCAUCAGCGUGGACCGCUACAUCGCCAUCGUGAAGCCGCUCAGGUACGCCCUCAGCAUGACGAAGACAGUGGUGGCGUUUAUGCUGCUAGUGUCGUGGAUAAGUCCGGCCUUCCUCAGCUUUCUCCCCAUCUUCAUGGGAUGGUACGCCACGGAGGAGCACCUCAAGAGCCGGUCUGAGCACCCGGAGAUGUGCGAAUUCAAAGUGAACAAGCUGUACGCGAUCGUGAGCAGCAGCAUGUCCUUCUGGAUUCCGUGCACCAUCAUGAUCUACAUGUACCUGGCCAUCUUCCGCGAGGCCAACAAGCAAGAAAAAGACAUGUACAAUCGGCACGGGGCGGCCCUGCUGCUCCACCAGAACAACACCAACGGCGACAUGUUAUCGAAUUCCGGGGGUUCGUCGAAGACGCUCACCCUCCACGAGAUCAACCAAGACCUGCACCACACUCCGACGAAGGAGCGAAACAUCAACAAGAUGAAGAGGGAACACAAGGCGGCGCGGACCUUGAGCAUCAUCAUGGGCACUUUCAUCUUGUGCUGGUUGCCGUUCUUCCUGUGGUACGUCUCGAUCUCGUUGUGCACGACGUGCGAGUGUUCGGAUACUGUCGUCGGCAUCCUGUUCUGGAUCGGUUACUUCAACUCGACGUUGAAUCCGCUGAUUUACGCCUACUUCAACAAGGACUUCAGGGAGGCGUUCAAGAAUACGUUGCAGUGCGCUUUUUGUAGUUUGUGCCGCCGUCCGCCGUCCGAUUUAGACAGGUUUGACAUACGAAGGCCGUCGAUAAGGUAUGACGAUAGAACUAGAAGCAUCUAUUCGGAAACUUACUUAAAACACAUUGAUAGGAGGAGGAGUUCGGAGUUUGGAUCGAGUCUCUGAGUAGACCUAACUAGCAGCAGACUCACGACCACUAGUUUCUAGUCUGCUGCUAGUCCGAUUUUCAUGGUGCUGCAUAGUUGUUGGGUUAAUUGUAAGUCGAGUGCGAGAAACGUGAUAGAGUGUGUGAUACUUCUUCUAGUUUAGUAGCUACUAAUCCUUGUACAUAAUGCCAAACAGAACGAGUUCUUUUUUAUAUUUAUUUUUUAGUAGUCUCUACGAUCUUAAAUGGAUGUGUAAUUGUACGAGUUCUUUUGUAAAGGAUAUUUUUACCGAAUUGAAGACUUAAUUUAAGACUGCUGAUCAUUUUUGCGAAAUACUCCAAUGAAGAAACAAUUUUUCUACAUUUAGAAUUAAUUCAUAUUCGUAAAAAUUAGAAGUAAAUGUUUUUCGAUGUGUAAACAUUUGUGUAAAUGUGGAGAUUUUUUCAAACUAUCAAACCAAAUUGUAGCGAUAUACAAUCAUAAUUUAGACUUUUAAAGAAUGUGCAAUUAAAUUAGAUUAUUAAUAUUAGCGAAGAUCGACCAAUCGUGAAUUUGAAGAAGCAAUAAAUUUUGAAAUGAACCUACAGGAAGGUCUACAUCGAAGAGAAUCACUCUGAUUAUUUUUUAAGUCGGGUUAAAACGCACAUACAAGUAUAAAUAUUUUUCUGUAUUGUCUUCCCCUACAGUAUCAGUGUUCAAAUAAAACUAUCGACUUGUUGAGAAUCGAUGUCAAGAAUAAAUGUUCCAUGUACAAAACAAAAAAAAUGAAAAAAACACUUAAAGACGAUUUUGUUGAUUGAGUGCUUGCAUACCAAAAACUUUAGUUUUUUAAGUAUUUUGUACAUAGUCUCUUUUACUUAAAAUAUAUUUAUUGUUUGUUGACAUUUUCCAAGUUUAGUUUGUACAUUUGUAAAGAUGCUUCCGACGUAAACUGACAAUUUGCUUUUGACAAACAGGACAGAAUUCAAUAAAAUAACAUUAA